AUGAAAAAGUCUAUAGAAGAAUUGUUCAUGAAUGGCACAACUACUAAGGAGGAUGUUGAACGUUUUCAAGAAAAGUACUGGGAACAAAUGGUGCCGAAUUUCAGUCAGGCUCUAAAAAUUCUUGAUCUGCACGAUGUUAGUCGACACAGUGUUCUAUGGAAUAUAAAUGAUCGCCUUUUAGAAGCUGUCAAGUCCCGUAUUCAGGCGAAAGCAGCUGAGGGUGGUGAAGAUAAAAAGAACCAAAAGCUUUGGCAAAAGUUGAUUCGUACUGGAAUGGCCUAUAUUCAUCAUCCGUACAUGCGAUCAGCCAUUAUGAUGGUUCUUGGACAAAUGAAUUCAAUCAAGAGUCGCUACGUCUCUCUGAUAGUUGACAAUGAUUACCUAUACAGAGAUGCCCCUCUUCCAGUCCUUCGUCACAUAUGGAUGGCAAAUCAGACCAAAUAUAAGGAGGAGAUAAUGAACGUUUUGCAUGCCUAUCAAAGUGCAAUGUCAGAGGCGCUACUCGAUCCUUUACUGGCUUCUGUCACUUCUGCUAAUGUUGAUACCUUGCCAAUUCUCUAUUGGCCACAACGACGACGUCGGAAGGACCCGUCUUUAAUGAAAAUUGUUGAAAUGAUAGGGGAGAAUGAAACUCUGUAUGAAAAAGCACUUGAGAUUUUUCGGGAAGAGAGUGCGAGAUACCAGCAGUUGAUAGAGAAGUUUGCUACUCGUAGAACUUCUACUAAUGAAUGUUCAAAGAAGUUCACGGAUAGUAAAUCAAGUAAAGGGGGUGGUCAGAAGAAGGAUGAAGGCUUUACGUCUCAACACCUCUUCAUUUCACCUGCCCUUCUGCCUGCCCCGCAGUCUUUGGCAGCUGCCUUCCUCUGCACUUUUCGUUUUGAUCUCCUUAUGAGUUUCAACGAGGCUAAGCUGGACCGGAUUUGUGUGACGGAUCCAAUUCAUCAUUUUGUUUGGUGCAUGGAUGCCUGCAUCAAGAGCAAACGAAUCGAUCGUCGUCAUGCCAGUGAGCUGGCAGUCCAUCUGAACCGACACCGCAGGCAUAAUCCCAACCGUUUUAUUCUCUCUUCCGAGGUUGGACUAGAUCAGGACACUUCCGAGGAUUGGGCCCCUGACUUAGAUGAACGCGGAGUCAUAAAAAAGUCAAUGAGAACUCCAACAGCUGGCGAGAAGCACGCACUGGAGGAUGUGGAAGAACACUUCGAUAAAGAACUGGCAACAUCUGACUAUGGAACUUUAGCUUUCGAGCGAGACAUACAGAUUGUAUGUCGUGAUCCUUGGGUUGUGUACACUGUGUGCUCCUCCCUCCUCAGGGUUGUUAUAACAGGAUUGUAUGAGGAUAAGUCGCCCAAGAGCAUCUCUGAAGUCCCAUUUCUCGUUCAUUUACUAAUGCGAGGCUUGGAGAGUGAUUUGUGCCCACCGGAGGUGGUUGUGAGUAAGGAGGUGUCUAAAUCGGAGUCGAAGUAUAAGCGGUCCCGUAGGCAUAUGCUUCAUGCAUUAUCAUCGACUUCGCCACCACAAUCGAAAUCAGACCCGGCGACGAUUCUCAUCACCCAAGUUCUUCCAGCUGCAGCGCAACUACAUGUCACCACCUGGCGCAGUCAGGUAUGUGAGGAGAUUCGUAGCGUAGCGAAUCGAAUUUGGCCCAAAUCUGGUGGUGGUGGUGGUGGUGGUGGUGGUGGUGGAAGCGAUUCCUCUCAUUUGCGACCCUCCACCACGUGGCAAAGACGCCUGGAUGCUGCUCAGCCUACGAGUGUCGUGGUUUCGCCCGCUUAUUUGGCUCAUCCAGUAGGGCAUCUUUUCCUUCAGUAUCACGCUCUCUUUGCACUGGAACGUCGUGAAUGGACGGUUUUUCGAGCUCUGCUCAAGGCUGCGGUAGGAGCUGCUCAGGCGAGGCCAUCAAAAUCUUUUCGGUUAUCCAAAAGUGCACCUUCACCAACGCCUGCAUCUGCAAAUCAACUGAUGUUCGGAUUUCGUUGGCGUCCGGAGUGUCUACAAGCAGUUUCGUUAGGAAUUGCAUCGCUGCCUCUCUCUUCCGAGGAAUCAACGAUUGGUGAUGGGACGUCGACUCCAACGCCUGUUACGUCUGAAGGAAGCAGCGGUAGUGGAUUUAUACCGGAGAAGUCAUCUGUUGGAACUACCGACUCCUCUUCGACUACCUCCACAACCGUUGCUACCUCGCCCCUCUCCUCUGUUUCAGCUGCCUCCUCCACUGCCACUAAUGCUGGCACCUCUAUUGUGACUCGUGCGGAGUUGGCUAGUCUUCUGCGCACCAGUUUGCCUCUUCAAAGCGACCUCCAACUUCUGGUUCUUGCGCAGUGCGCUAAGUUGGUCCCCACAGUGCCCUCUACCCCAACCACUCCAGGCUCAGCGGGAGCUGUCACUCCGAUGCCUAAUUUCUUUACUUCUACCGAACUGGCAAUGUCAACGAACGUUGCACCUCGGGCUAGUAGUGAAAGAGAGAGGUUACUCAAUGCUCUGUCCCGCCAUGUAGAAUAUCCACCGCAAGAAAGCAGUAGUAGUGCCGGAGAAGAUCAUUCUGUAAACUCACCUCCUCUCACACCCACGGGAUUCAAAUCGUCCAACGCAAAGGUUGUGGAAGCUCUUGAGUCUCUUAGAAGAGAAUUGGAACGAUGCACUUCUGCGGGGGCGAUUUCAAUGAUGGGAACAUCUAAACCGACUUCUGUAAUGUCGGCGACGCCUCUGAGUCCAUUGAGUGGUGGAGGGACGAUGUCGCAACAACAGUGUGGUAUGGUCUCACCAAGUAGACUGAUGCCACCUCCAAUCCGUUCAGCCCCGCGUUCUGGUGGGGCUCGCUACGGGGCAGGGAUGGGUGCGUUCCCCAUGGCAACCCCUCUAACCAAUCCAGGGCUAUCAAUGCCUCCACCGCCACCACCACUGGCACCCCAGCCUGGAAAACUAUUGACGUCACCGCCGUUGGCAGAUUAUCGGCCGCCAUCGCCUAGCUCCGGCGCGUCUUCGGCAGUCGGAAGCAGUAGUAUUGGUAGUAGCUAUCCGACUUACGCGACUCCAAUGGUAACGGAUAUGGGAGAAGGAGGAUGUGGAUUGGGGAGUUAUUCGGUUUCCUUGUCACCAACUGGAGAUUUAAGUCGUUAUGCUGCUCCGAUGGAAUCGCAUUCGCCGACUCCUCCAUUGCAGCCGCCAGCAUCUCCGUGA